AUGUCGUCUCUGAGGAAUGCUCUCCCGAGGAGAGCUCAUAAAGAACGGGCACAGCCGCAAGCUAGGAAGAAAUUUGGACUUCUAGAAAAGCACAAGGACUAUGUUACUCGUGCAAAGGCUUACCACAAAAAAGAGCAGACUUUACAGAAACUCAAAGAAAAAGCGGCAUUUAGGAACCCAGAUGAGUUCUACUUUAAGAUGACAAGAACCAAGACUGUGAAUGGAGUUCAUAUGCCUGAGAACGAGGCUAAUAAGUACACUCCUGAAGAACUCAUGUUGAUGAAAACCCAGGAUAUGGGCUACCUUUUGCAGAAAAUUCAAAGUGAAAAAAGUAAAAUUGAAAGACUUGCUGGAGAGUUACAUUCUCUGGAUAAUCUGCCGUCAAAGGGGCAUGUUUAUUAUGCUGAAGAUAGGGAAGAGGCAAAAGAACUGCAGUUCAGAACAUCGUCAGACACCCCAGUGUCUGCAUCUGAGAACUUGCCUGCUCGUAUAAAGCGGGCGACAGCUGCUUCCUAUAGGCACCUGGAGAGUUCAAAAAGUAGAGUACGUGACUUGGAGAAAUUGUACAUGGAUAUGGCCAUGCAAAAGGAAUUACAGAAAAAGGGCAGGAAGAGGAAACUUCGUGAAGACGAAGUUAUCUCCCCAACAAGCAAACCUGUGUUUAAAUGGCGCCCGGAAAGAAAAAGAUGA